GCGUGUAUUUAUCUGUUUUGCAGAGGCAGAGGGAUGUAAUUAGAUGGCAGCGUCUCUUUCAAGGCUAUCCCUGCUGUAAUUCAUGCCCCGAGGUGGCUGGCCAAGGGGAGGAGGAAGAAUAAAGCAAGGGGCAGAAUUGAUGGGCUGCUCCCAGAUGCUUUGUUUUAAUUGAUUUCCAAAGCGCUCCUUGCAGCCUCCUUGCAGCGGAGCAGGCAGCUCCUUCAAAGCCUCCUUCCACCCACUGCUGCUUGUGCCAGCGUGAGGUCUGGGGCAGCGGGGUGAGCCCGGCAGCCAGCCCUGCUCCUUCCAGCCCCCAGGCUUGGCUCUUUGGUUAAAGUGUGCGGAAGCUGUCGCUGUUUUCAAACAGGGGGACUUCUCCCUGGCCAGGAGGCCUCUUUUGAUGGCCACAGCAUGGGCAGGCAUGUUUUUCAGGGCUUUUCCUUUCCCCCUUUUUAUUGACUUUUUGCAUGUUCCUGCUGCCAGGGGUCAGCUGGGGCUUUGGCUGGACUUUGCUGAAAGUCCACCCAAAACGGCUGGUUACCGGGUGCUGACGCAGUGCCCUGCCCCUCAGAUAGAAGGGGUUUGAGAACGGGGUUUGCAGCCGGGUCAGGUGUGUGAUGGUGGGGCUGGGAAGGGGCUGUGCCAGCUCCCAAGCUCUUCCCGAGUAAGUGGGCUCAGGAAGCCAAACUGCAUUUGGCCUGCAUCCAUCAAGGUGACAGCAGUAGCAGCAGCUCAGUGCUGAAUCUGGGGGUGGCUCGGCUGACCUGAAGGGACCUGUCCCCAGCCAGGACACCAUGCUGACCGACACAGAGCCCUCCAACACCAUCAAACUGCUGCACCUGCUUUUCCUCUCCACCUCCUGGGGAAUGCAGAUCUGGGUGACCUUCGUGGCUGGGUUUGUGAUGGGCAGCCACCUCCCUCGCCACACCUAUGGUUUCAUCCAGCGCAAGCUCUUCCCCUACUACUUCCACAUUGGCUCCACUUGUGCCUUCCUCAACCUGACUCUGUUUGCCAUGUACCACCCCAGCGAGCUGCUCAGCGAUGAACAAACGACCCAGAUCAUCGCCUUCUUCGUUUGCGUCGCUGCUUCAGUGCUGAACACGCAGUGGUUUGGGCAGGUCACCUCCGACAUCGCGGCAGACAUGCACCUUGUUGAGCGCCGGCACGGCCUCGGCCAGGAGGUUGGGCUGUUUACCAGCGAGUCCUGCAGGCAGCUGUGCACCUCCAACCCCAGCUACCGGCAGCUGUCCCAGCAGUUCACCCUCUACCACACUCUGUCCUCCCUCUGCAACCUCUGCUGCAUCGUGUGCAACGGUUUGAGCUUGUACUACGUGGCUGCCCACCUCUCCGCUCUGUGAGAGCGGGAUACCGGGAGGCAAGGCUGGCUGGCCAGAGCCAACACUCUGGGAAAAGGAAGCCAUCCUGCUGCCUUGCUGUAAAGUAACUCUGAGCUCUGGAGAUUAAAAUUUCAGCAUCCUCA